AUGCAAUUCGCAACGUCGACCAAUGGCGCAUAUCUUCUGCUCCGGCAACCGCUUCUCGAGGCUUCGACCUUUGAUUUUUUCGGCUGGAUCUUGCUCUUCGACUGGGUCGCGGGUAGUUGCGAAGUCGUGUCGUUUCAAGGAGAUGCUGGCAAUGUCACGCUUAUUUCGAAUGCCUAUAGUCCGCAGCUGUACUCGACGGGGACGCAGCCACUCCAGACAGCAACCAAAAUCCUCUUCUACCUCAUCGUCGCAACGUCGGCGGUGCUCGUCUUCGUCGGUUUCUUGUCGCUUGGCUACGCGGGUCUCGUACGCCUACGCUUUUUGGGCCGCAACCUCUUGUUUUUCAACCGAAUUGUCGGAGCUGUCUGGAUCGGUCGACCCCUUGCCUUCCUCCGGGGCGUCACCGCCAUCUUGCUGCUGAGCUCAGCCAACGCAUCGCUUGAGACGCAUCAUGGGUACUCGCGCUUCGCGGCAUCGCCUCGUCCAUGGCUGGCGUCGCUCAUCAUUACCGGCGAGGCGACGUGGGUGACCUAUGUGAUCAAUGAGACGCUUUUGGUUCUGACGCGAGAUGCGACGACGUUCUACAGCCCGCUCACGAGCUGUCUCUCGUGGUUGAUUCUCUUUUGUAUCGAGCUAUCAAGUCCCGUUAGCGUAACGGCGACGCUAGCGCGGACGUGCGUUGGCACCGACAUGGACUUUGCCCUCUCGUGCUCCAGCGGCGUCGUAGCUGUUGGGAGCUUGACUCGCGUCUGGGCGCUCGUCGUUAUCCAAGCUGGUGUCGCCAUGGUGAGUUUCGCGCUGUGCUCCAUUGUGCAUCGGCGCUGGUUCCGGCGCCCAGCACGUCGGUGCGACGAUUCGUUGCUCGUGUCCGGCAUUGCGCACUUGUUUCUGUGCACGCACGCUACGAGCUCAGAAGAAGUAUACACGAUCGACCACGUCGCGUGCAUUCUCAGCGGCCUCGUCCCACUUCGAGUUGGCAAGCAAGCGUACACAUUCGACUUGAAGCUGUGGCUUAUCUUGGUCGACGACCUCUCGACAAGCUCAUUCCUCAAGAUGCUUCCAUGUCCUUCCUUGGCGUUUCAUAGCCACGUCCCUCGCCGCGCCUCAACGCUCAGCAACAUCUCACACGUCUCGCCAAGCCGUCUGCAGUCCGCACUGCUCAAACGAGCCUCCAUGUUUGUGCCUGACGCUGCCAAGAAGGCUCGGGUCGCGCACGUUUGGAUGGUCCUUGGCCUCGGCUAUAUCAUUGCCUCAAUUUUUGGCAGCAUCUCGUAUCUCCAGGUAUCGAGAAUCAACCUCUCGAACGACCUCUUCUGGGCCACCUUCAACACGACCGGCGCACAUGCGUUUAUCGCCAACUGGCUCAACGAGCAGCUCGUACUUGGCAACACGACAAUGCCCAACCUCGCUUUGGACAAGCCGAGCGCAAUGCAGUCGUUUGCGGCCCCCGAAGCCGUCGUCUUGUCAUCGGUCAGCUACGGCGCCUAUCUACAGCACGAGCCUCUGAGCGGCAUCACCGCCACCAUCCGAGGUCUUCGGGUCACGGAUGCGUGUCAAGCACCGUGGAUCUUCUCACCAUAUUGCUUUGUCGACUUUACCCGAACGUGGUCAUUGGCCAACUCUGCUCGGCGCGAAACCCGGUGUCAGUCGAUGACGACCAAUGGCGCGAUAUACCUCGAGUCGGUUGUGCGCAACAUCAACUACGACGCGUUUGACGCAUGCUGGGGACCCUCGUUUGAGAUCGCGAUCGCGUCCGAGCUCCGACGGUCCGAUGCUGGCCGAGCGUGGCUUGACAUCUCCACGGCUGUCAGCGCCGCGCUGUCUAUCGCGGACGAAGCGCUAUAUUGGCGCCAACAUGGCAUUCAGCAUUACAAGGUGCAGUGGCAAAACUACAAGCGCCUCGGCGUCCUCAACAGCUACUCGAUCAUCAAUGCGUACGGCAUUGCGUAUCCGCUGACGCUAACGUCGCAAAACGGGACGUACUGUUUGGCGAGCCAGACGAGUUUCAAAAUGUACUGGGCCUUCGCCAACGACUUGACGGCAGUUGCAGACAACUCGUCGCGUAUCGCUGGUCGCAGCUUGGUCUGUUCUAGCCCCGACUUUGCUUUUGCCAACACAACGCUGGGUGCGGUACUUGUGCUGAACGGUGCCCUCACAUCGCCUCUCACCGCUGGCUUCCAGCUCGUGCAGGCGCUCCUGGGGCCCUACGGGUCCAUCGACAUGGUGUACGUUCCCGUGCCAGCGUCAGUGCGCACUCUUUUCGCCGUGCUCGUCGAUGCUUCGCGCGCGCCUCUCUCCAAGAACGUCAAGGCCCAAGCUCUCUACAGCGGCAUCGCGACGCUGGACGCAUCUUACCCCACACUGCCGUCGCGCCAGCAGUACAUUCUUGCGGCCCUCCUUGCCGGUCUCCACCUCCGACCUUCGGGGUGGGACAUGAGCGCAGUGUGCGCCCACGAGCCAACAUUUGUUUCCAAAUGUCCGAGAUAUCUACGCCAAACGCUGAGCUACGUCGAUACGUUCAUGCUACCGCUGCCAUCGACCGUUGCGUCGUCGUUAACGAGUGUCAACGCGGACGUGCGGGCCAUGGAGAUUGAAUUUAUGAUCUACACCAACGUGAACGCGACCGCACCCCUUUCUGUUCAGCGCAUCAACCUUCUCGACGCCACCGAAUCGGACUUUGCCUUUUUCGCGUGGCUCUACCUGUACGACUGGGUGCUCGGCAACCGCGAAGUCAUUUCGUUUCAAGGCGACGCCGGCAAUAUGACGCUCCUCUCGGACUUUGCGUCGCCACUCGCCGAGUUGACACAAGAAUGGCAGGUGACCGCCAACGUCGCCCAAUACCUGCACGCAGGUGUCAUCUACGUCACGGGCGUCAUGAUUGCGGUUGCUUUCAUGUCCGCCAUGUAUAUGCUGACAAGUUGUGGUCACUACGAAGGCCUCAACAUGCUCGAGCUCGGUCGCGUCGGUGGCAUUGUCUGGGUUGGGCGGCCGCUCUUGGUGCUUCGAAGUAUGACUGCUAUCUGUGUUCUCUCGACGGCGACGCUGGAGCUCCAGUUCUCGGGUUAUAUGAGUGCCUUUUCGACCAUGCGCGAUCCGUGGUACAAGACACUCCUCGCCGCCAACGAAGUCACGUGGCUCGUCUCGAUUGUCAACGACAUCUCGUUGGUCGUUACGCAAGAGUACUCGACGUACUACGUUAUGGUCAACGGCCUCGUCGUCUGGGCCCUCGUCGCAACACUUACGGCCGUCUUGCCCGUUGACGCGAACACGUCGAUCGACCUCCAAUGUACUCUGCAAGUGGACUUUCAAGCCAUAUGUACCUCGGGCUCAAUCGAGAUUGGUCAGUUUGCGCGACUCCAACUACUCAUCGGCAUCAUCCUCGUCUGCAACAUUGUGUGCUUUUACAUGGUGAAACUCAGUCUCAAAGCAAAGCCCACUUGCCAUGUUACGUCGCUCUUACUUUCAUCGGGCGCCAAGUACCUGUACGCUCACAGCGACCGCGUCUACAACGGCGUGUACUACCUCGACCGCGCAUCGGCGGCUUGA